GGCAACCUAAAGCCCUGCCCAUAUGAUGCUCUCGGUUUUACUACUGCUUCCGUGAUGUCAUGGCAAAGGGCGGAGGGAGGAAAGAGGUGGGGGGUGGGGGGGACAAUGGCUCAUGUAGGAAAGGAGGCCGUCCUGCGCUGGCGUUUCACGGAUUGAAAUCUGGAUAUUAAAGGCUACGGGACUAGAAUCAGAUUGUACUCGAGCUGUAACGGAGGACAUCAUCCACCAAACUACUUGACAACCGUCCUCCAAACUACUUGACAACGAACCGAACUCACUCAAAACAAAAGCAAGACGUACAGAGAAAAUACUAAGGAAAUAUUCAGUGAUUCAGAAAAUGAGUUUCGGGGCGAGCUCCUGAAUCAGCGUUGGACUCGAGGCGAGAGGAUCAGCCGCUGCCAGCCCACACAGAGGCUGCAGAGUAGACCAAUCAAAAUGAGUGUGGAGAGUGAUGACACGCGAAGCACACGCACACGCUCCAAGGGAAUCAGAGUUCCUUCACCUUUGCUCGUCUCUUAUUGGUUCUCUAGUUCCCACCGAGCUCAUUGGACAAGAGCUGAGUGUGCUGGGCUGCCCAUUGGUCAGGAAGAGACGUCUGGCGGAUGCUGAGGCAGAGCAGGAGCAGCCAUCUUCUAAAAGGAAGUCCCACCCUCUAAAGCUGGCCAUGGACGAUGGCUUCGGCGUGGACAGUGAUGGGAGCAGCGAGGAGGAGGUGGAGGGGGAGGCCAGGGAGGAGGAAGAGGAGGAGAAGGAGAAGGAAGAGAAGAUAGAGGAACAACCACAGGCACAGCAGGAAGAAAAGCCAGAGGAGGAGCAGGAGGAAGAGGAGGAAGAGGAGGAAGAGGAGGAGAAUGUGACAGAGCAGAAAGAGGAGAGCAUAGAUUCAGAUGAAGAAGAAUGCAUGAUCAUUGAGCCGGGAUCCAGUAAAACAACAUGUAAAGCUGAGGAGGGGGAAUGGCCUAAGAGAGCGGACUACUCCAGUUACCAUCAGAUCCUAGCCAACUCUCUACUGUACCUGGGCAGGGUCCCCGACACCGCAGAGACCACCUCACAGGCGCACGUUACCAUGGAGACAGAGAAGGAUAUCACAGCUGUGGAGCACGCCACUGUGGCAGUGGAACACCCAGUAGAGGAGGAGGAGGAGGAAGAGGAGGAGGAGGAGGAGGAAGAUGAGAUUGAGGAGACUAGGGAGGCUGUGACACAGAGAACCUUUGAGCACCCGUAUUUCACUGGAGACAUUCACCAGCAGCAGGACAAGGCUGAGGAAGACGAGGAGGAGGAAGAGUAUGAAGAGGAGAGGAGAGAAGCAGAGCACCAGCCACAGGAGAUCCUGGAUGAAGAGGAGGAGGAAGAUGACAUUGAGGAGGUGGAUGAGGGAGUGCACCCUGUCGUCCUGCCCACCUCUAACUCCAUUAGCAGCAAUGCAGCAGCUCAGGGACCAGCCACACAAGGGGACAGAACUACAGAGCACUACAUGCCCAAAAGGACCAGCCUCCUAGAAAACUACAACCCCCACAGGACCAGCCCAGGGGAGAACUACAACCCCCACAGGACCAGCCUCCUGGAGAACUACAACCCCCACAGGACCAUCCCACUGGAGAACUACAAUCCCCACAGAGUCAGCCCCUUACAGCACUACAUCUCCCAUAAGGCCUCAGCAGCCUCUGACAUAAUCGAGGUGCGCUCAGAGGAUUCGGGGAAGGACUAUGAAGAUGAAGAUGGUGAUGAGGAGGAGGAGGAGGAAGAUGAUAGUUUGUCUCAGAGGUGGACGGAUGAGUCAGAGACGUAUGAUAUGACCCGGGGCAACCUGGGGCUCCUGGAGCAGGCCAUCGCCCUGAAGGCAGAACAGGUGAAGGGGCCUCGCGACCUCCUCCUCCUCCGUCACCCCGCUGUCACCCCGGAGCUCCACCACCGCUAUUUCAGCAUGGACGACCGGCCCAAACACCUGAACGCCAUGCGCAACAGCUGCUUCAGCAGCAAAGCUGUCUCUACAGAGGGCAGCAGGCCAGAGAAGAGGGAGAUCAAAUGCCCCACCCCUGGCUGUGACGGGACUGGCCAUGUUACUGGACUCUACCCCCACCACCGCAGCCUGUCUGGUUGUCCACACAAGGACAGGAUCCCUCCUGAGAUCCUGGCCAUGCAUGAGAACGUGCUGAAGUGUCCUACUCCAGGCUGCACUGGACAGGGUCAUGUUAACAGCAACCGUAACACCCACCGCAGUUUGUCAGGAUGCCCCAUCGCAGCCGCAGAGAAGCUGUCCAAGAGCCUCAACCUUGACAAGCAGCAUCUCUCCCAGCCAAUCAGAGAGCACCUCAAAGAAAGUCCCAACAACAAUGACCGAGUCCUGAGGCCCAUGUGUUUUGUGAAGCAACUGGAGGUGCCUCAUUAUAGGCAGUACAGGCCCAACAUGAUACCCGCCACACCUCGUGCCAGCCUGGCCAAGGAGCUGGAGAAGUACUCCAAGGUCUCCUUUGAUUAUGCAAGCUUCGACUGUCAGGUGUUUGGAAAGCGUGUGCUUGCAUCAAAUAUACCGACCAGCGAAACCUCACCCAAAGCCUUCAAAUCUAAAGUCUCGUCCCCAAAGUCUUCUUCUCCCAGCCUCAGCCUGCAUGGAGGCUAUGGGAAGACAGCCUCCUCUUCUGCCUACGACUACUCCCAUGAAGCCCAGGCAGCCCACAUGGCCGCUACAGCCAUCCUCAACCUGUCCACGCGCUGCUGGGAGAGGCCUGAGAACCUGAGCACCAAGCACCAGGACCUGGCUAGCAAGGACAUCGGGGUGGAUGAAAAUGGCACUCUGGACCUGAGCAUGAAGAAGCCCGUCAAACGAGAGGGUACCAGCCCAGGGUUGUGUUCCCCGGACCCCUCCUCCUCCUCUUCCUCCCUGCACCACGGAGGCAGCAGUGGCAUGACCUCGCCCCACACAGGCCACGCCUACAAACAGGAACAGUGGGAGGAGCCUCUGGACUACACAAAACCCAACCGCCAGCGAGAGGAGGAUGUAGAGGAGCUGGAGCACCACACAGCGCGGUCGUUUGCCUCGUCCGACCCUGAGGACAUGGACCUGAUGCAGGACUACCCCCAGGAGAGGAAGUACCCUGGAGAGGUCACCACCCCAAACUUCAAGGUCCAAUUCCAACAACCCAAGGACUGCAAGAAAGAUCUGCUCCUGUGCCCCACUCCUGGCUGUGACGGCAGUGGCCACAUCACUGGAAACUAUGCAUCCCAUCGCAGUCUGUCUGGCUGUCCUCUUGCUGAUAAGAGUCUUCGUUCCCUCAUGGCGGCCCACUCUGCUGAGCUCAAGUGCCCCACUCCAGGAUGUGAUGGUUCAGGACAUAACACUGGAAACUACGCCUCCCACAGAAGUUUGUCUGGGUGCCCCCGUGCCAAGAAAGGUGGAUUAAAAACAUCUCCCACCAAGGACGACAAGGAGGACUCCGAGCUCUUAAAAUGCCCCGUGCCAGGCUGUGACAGCCUGGGUCACAUCAGUGGGAAGUACGCCACUCAUCGCAGUGCCUAUGGGUGCCCGCUGGCUGCCCGCAGGCAGAAAGAGGGGAUGCUCAAUGGUAACCCAUUCUCCUGGAAGGCCUUCAAGACGGAGGCCCCCAACUGCCCCACCCCCGGCUGUGAUGGAUCAGGACACGCCAACGGCAGCUUCCUCACACACCGCAGUCUCUCUGGCUGUCCCAGAGCCUCCUUUGCCAGAAAGAAAGCCAAGAUCCCUGGAGAUGAAUACCUGAGCACCAAGUUCAGGGCCAGUGACGUUCUGAACAAUGACGAGGACAUCAAGCAUCUCAACAAGGAGAUCAAUGAGCUCAACGAGACCAACAACGAGAUGGAGACAGACAUGGUGAACCUGCAAACACAGAUCUCAUCCAUGGAGAAGAACCUGAAGAACAUUGAGGUGGAGAACAAGCUGAUUGAGGAGCAGAACGAGACGCUCUUCAUGGAGCUAUCUGGCCUCAGCCACGCCCUGAUCCGCAGCCUGGCCAACAUCCGCAUCCCACACAUGCAGGAGCCAAUCACUGAGCAGAAUUUCGACAGAUACGUGAGCACCCUGACUGACAUGUACACCAACAAGGAGUGCUUCCAGAACCCGGAGAACAAGGCUCUGCUGGAGAGCAUCAACAAGGCUGUGAAGAGCAUCAAGGUGUGAAAACCUCCACAAGGAAGAAGAGUGAAAGCCACCUAAAAGGAGAGAGGUGGCAUCAAGAGACUAGAGUAUAUUUAAAGAGAAUACGAAUAUAAAAAGGGCAUUCAGGUUUUAUAAAUGGCAACUUAAAUUAAACCCAGGGAGCAUUCUGUAAAGAAGAAAACGUAACUAGGACCAAAAUCCAAACCUGCUGCUGCUGGGAUCGGAAGGAGGAAGUGGAAUGGAACCAAAUCCUUCGGUUUGAAUUGAUGAACAAAAUAUAUAUAUCUGUUUCUUUGUUUUAUGUUACCUUCAUCGUUUUCAUGUAUGUCCUGUUUUGGAGGCAUCUCUGUUUUGGCGGUAUCUCUGUUUUGGAGGUAUCUCUGUUUUGGAGGCAUCUCUGUUUUGGAGGCAUCUCUGUUUUGGAGGCAUCUCUGUUUUGGAGGCAUCUGUGUUUUGGAAGCAUCUUUGUUUUGGAAGCAUCUUUGUUUUGGAGGCAUCUCUGUUUUGGAGGCAUCUCUGUUUUGGAGGCAUCUCUGUUUUGGAAGCAUCUUUGUUUUGGAAGCAUCUUUGUUUUGGAGGCAUCUCUGUUUUGGAGGCAUCUCUAGUUUGGAGGCAUCUCUGUUUUGGAGGUAUCUCUGUUUUGGAGGUAUCUCUGUUUUGGAGGUAUCUCUGUUUUGGAGGUAUCUCUGUUUUGGAGGCAUCUCUGUUUUGGAGGUAUCUCUGUUUUGGAGGCAUCUCUGUUUUGGAAGCAUCUUUCUUUUGGAGGCAUCUCUGUUUUGGAGGCAUCUCUGUUUUGGAGGCAUCUCUGUUUUGGAGGUAUCUCUGUUUUGGAGGUAUCUCUGUUUUGGAGGUAUCUCUGUUUUGGAGGUAUCUCUGUUUCGGAGGUAUCUCUGUUUCGGAGGUAUCUUUUUGACUGUCCCAAUUCAUACUGUAAAUCAAGGUUUAGUUCAGCAACAAUUUGGAGAUGAAAGAAAGAAAGAACGAAGGAUGGAAGUAGUGGUAUGAUGCCAGAGAAGACAGAGGGUAUGACCUGCCGACAUGAGGUGAAGAAAACACACUGGAAAACUGUCCACAUUGUGUCCCAGAGAAGACACGAAGGCUUCAGAAAUGUUGUUCUGGGGCAGGAUAAGGUGAGAGUGCUUGUGUAUGAGUGGGUAGUGUGUGAUACUGAGCACUACAGCACUCCUAUUGUGUAGAAGUGAAUGGAGAAUCCCUGAACUCUGGGGUCUUCUUGAGCAAUGGUUCAUGUGCUUAGUGUUGUUACUGCAGCAAGAUGUCAACAUGACUCCACAGCUCUUCAAGCGAAGAUUAAGUCACAAAUCACUGGUUUCUUUUUCCUCUUCUGAAAAUCAACAACCUUCUCUAUAUAUCUGCUGGAAGAUCUGAGAGCAACAGAUGCAGCCUUCUUUCUUUGAACUGAACGGUGAUGGUAAUCGAGUGCACACUUGUCUAUUCCUGUUAGUUUGUGGUACAAUAUUUAUUGUUAUAGAAAUUAUUUACAUGUGUGAAUACGCAAAUUGUAAUGUAUUGUCAUUUUAUGUGUAUUUUAUUUGAUUUGGUCUAUUUAUAAAAAAUAAAAAUAAAUGUAUAGUUAGUAAAUCAAAAAAUGUAACCCUGCUGAUCGAUCAUGGCCAUAAAGAUUUAAAAUAGGGAGUCUUCUACAUCAAUAUUUAAAAAGCUAUUUAGACAACUGUCCACACUUGAUUAUUUUAUAUAUCUUAUUUUAUUUUAAAUAAUUUGUAAACAUUUUUAAUUGCAAAUAUUUUAUAAAUGACAAUGUUUUGAUAAUUUUAUAAAGGUUUUCUCCUUCAUUUCUGUUAUUUCUUUUAUCCGUAUCUUCAGAUACCCACGGCUUAAACAGAAAGUAUGUAUUUAUUAUUUAUUUCAUAUUAAAUAUUGAUAUGAUUGUAUAUUUAUUUUGUUAUUUAUGUGUGUGUUGUGAUGGCUGAGUAUCAGUAGUCUUAAAAUCCGUUUCUGAUAUUUAAAUAAAAUUUAAAAAACCAUGCUCAGAAAGAAUAAAUAGAAUAUUGUUUGAUUUCUUAGGCUUUCCUAGAUAUAUCAGCAGUUGUAAAAGCAAAAUAACCAACGAAAGCAAUCACUGUUCUGGUGGUGUCAGAGUGGCUUUGUGUCAUCGAUGACUUAUUUGCUUUUUGUCAGGAAAAAUAAGACUAAGAAAAUAGACAGAUAUAAGGAUCAAAUGUUACCUCUCCAAGCGCUUUGUAGCGGCCAACACUGGCUUACCCAAAACAUCUUUAAUGUACUAUAGAUGUUUUAAUGCCUUUUGAUAAAUUAUUUUUCUCUCUUCAUUAUUUUCUCUCAAUGUGUUGAGCAGAAGCUCCAAAGAGCUCUGUUCCGGAAUGUUCCGUCUAGACUGGAUGUCUGGGUCUAAGACAUGUAAAGGACAUCUUCAAGGAAAAACUAAACCAUCAAGGAGGAUGACCUCUUUGACAAUUUAUAUCACAUCCACUUCUACGCCCUUGUAGCCUUAUUCUAGAUGACAUUUGUUGAUGCACAAAGUGCCACUACCACUCACUUUCUUUCCUGAUUCUUUGCAUUCUGCAAUGUACGAUGUCUGGUCACAUGACAUGACCAGGGCGUCACAUGACAUGACCUGGGGCGUCACAUGACAUGACCGAGAGUUGGGAUUGUUUCAGAUGCCUUUAUUUCUUUGCCAAGAUGGCCAUAAGUACACUAUAUAUAAAUUCUGUAUAAAUAGAAUUUAAAAUGCUAUAUAUAUAUAUAUAUAUAUAUAUAUAUAUAUAUAUAUAUAUAUAUAUAUAUAUAUAUGAAUAGAAACAUACAUAUAUUUUUCCAGUGUAAUUGUUGACUAUUUUUCUCUUGUAUUAGCUUAUCAAAGGAACAGUAGUUGUUUGAGAGUUGUGACGACUAGAGGUGGUUAUGACUGUGGUUUUAAAGAUACUCAACAAAACUGUCAUUGUUUUUUAGGUUUCCUUUUCUUCUCUAUCCUUGAUCCAAACAUGAUGAUGAUAAUAAUAAUAAUACAUGGGACUUAUAUAGUGCUUUUUCAAGGACCCAAAGUCGACAUGUUGUAAAUGCUAAUGUCUGUUGUAAUGAAUCUGAAAUGACUGUCGUUUUAACUUAAAUGGUUGGCUCUUUGUUCAAGUGUCGUGUGAGUGAGUUCACGUAUAGAGGACUCUUCAUAGUAGUCACAUUGGCUAUAUUGUGCAGUGCUGUGUCGUUAUGAUAAGGUUAUGAUCAUGUCAGCCCACUGAGCGGAGUUUUUAAACACGGAUCACAAUGUUAAAAACCCAGUAGGGAAAGUGUAGUACUUGCUCUGAGUGAUCUGUUGCAGCUAGUGGGAGACCCUGUGAUAAUAUGAUGAGGUAACCUAGUGGGAGACCCUGUGAUAAUAUGAUGAGGUAACCUAGUGGGAGACCCUGUGAUAAUAUGAUGAGGUAACCUAGUGGGAGACCCUGUGAUAAUAUGAUGAGGUAACCUAGUGGGAGACCCUGUGAUAAUAUGAUGAGGUAACCUAGUGGGAGACCCUGUGAUAAUACGAUGAGGUAACCUAGUGGGAGACCCUGUGAUAAUACGAUGAGGUAACCUAGUGGGAGACCCUGUGAUAAUACGAUGAGGUAACCUAGUGGGAGACCCUGUGAUAAUAUGAUGAGGUAACCUAGUGGGAGACCCUGUGAUAAUAUGAUGAGGUAACCUAGUGGGCAUGGAUGGUGUAAUUAGAUUUUAGCCAGUGUAAUGAAACUCUCUUGGGCACUUUUUUAAAAACCAUUGAAAAUGCGAGCAUUUGAGUAUGGACUUUUUAGAACACACUGGGUUUUGGUCACUAGCAAAGUAUCGGUAUUCACCCCAGCAGAAGAAACAAAGAACUGUAUAUUUGACCUGUUUUGUUAUAUUUAAUGUAAAUCUAAACACUGAUAUGUAGAAUGCCCUUUGCAUCAGUGUUGAUUCAAUUGAUGCUAUCCGGUUUUUAUACAUGCCAGUAAUACUCUUCAGACCAUACAUUUUGUCCAAACCAUCUAUUCUUUUUAUAGACGCGGAAGCAGAGUUUGGCUCGCAGGUUACUGGAAAGAACUGACUAAAUCUGCAUAAUAAUAUGAUACUAGGGCAUUAGCCAAAGCCUGCGGCGAAAGCAGGGAUUGGAUCAAGCCCUCCAAGUGAAAAGAGAGGAACGUGUGGGAGUGGAGAUUGAAUUGCUGCAUUAGAGAUCUCCCUCUUGGUUUGGAAGAGGUGUUUGUUGCAUAAAUAUGUGUCCAUUACUCAGAAUGUCAAAACCUUUUAAUGGCUUCUCCUCUUCUGUAUUGUGUAACCUUUACUCAGGAAGGAGUUCUUGAUGCGUUUAGUUAAGAAAGUAGCUUAUUCUUCGCCCGAACCCUUUAAUGCAUGCGCAUAAAACACUAAGAGAGUAUGAAGGUUGUGAUCAUUAUCGUAUCUUAUUUGAUAUGGCAUGACCCCUUUUAAACUAGUUGAACAGCACUGAGAUACUGAGAUUAAAUAGCAAAAUGACGGGUCCAACACAUUUCUAAAGAUUCGGUACAGAACUCAAUGUAAUCAAGAGUGUUAAUGACAACAGCUUGUCCGUUUGAUAGGGAGUGAUGGACACAUUCUUCAUAGAAGGAGUUUAUGUCUUCCGAAUUCGUAAUGGUUCAGUAUUUUCUAAAUGGUCGAUUGGGACGGGAUAGGAGCACUGAAGCUGGACUGUUGGCACGGACCAGGGUGUUUGACUGGUCGGUUAAAUACAUGGUCAUGUUAACGUUCAUGACUGCUGAUGAAACGUGACGGAGGAACAUGGAUGGUAUGUGAUUGUACCAUGGCAUGUGAUUGUACCAUGGUAUGUGAUUGUACCAUGGCAUGUGAUUGUACCAUGGUAUGUGAUUGUACCAUGGCAUGUGAUUGUACCAUGGCAUGUGAUUGUACCAUGGCAUGUGAUUGUACCAUGGCAUGUGAUUGUACCAUGGUAUGUGAUUGUACCAUGGCAUGUGAUUGUACCAUGGCAUGUGAUUGUACCAUGGCAUGUGAUUGUACCAUGGCAUGUGAUUGUACCAUGGCAUGUGAUUGUACCAUGGUAUGUGAUUGUACCAUGGUAUGUGAUUGUACCAUGGCAUGUGAUUGUACCAUGGCAUGUGAUUGUACCAUGGCAUGUGAAAAUGAUCCUUUUCAGUUGAUAGUUGUGAAUGAUGUGGUCUCAUGUAGUGGUUGUAAAAACACAGUGUGUCUGUUUGCUCUGAUAAACAAUGGUCACAUACCUGUGAAUCUCCCUGAAUAAUGGUACAUAUAUAAAAAAUAAAUUACCUAAUAUGUUAGUCUGUGACAGGCCAGGAUACACAGAGAUCCCGUGUCUUCUCUUUCCAGGCCUGCUUCACCAGUUAAAAGGAGGACAGGCAAGGCCACAUUCGAGUACCCUGUGAACACGUGGGAAGAUAGCCCAAAGUUCCCUAUUCCGAGCUAGGUGCUGUACACAUCUGGAGGCCCCUGAGAAUGAGAAUGAGAAUGAGACCCCUGAGACCCAAUCGUUAGGUGCCUAUACUUCAAAACAUUCUCAUCCAAUUCAGAAACUCAAAAAUGUUUAAAAAAAAUAUAUUAAAAAAAAUCAAAGUAGAUCACAUGAAAGGCAGAAAGGCAUGUCUAGUAGAAUGGUAUAACAUGUCAUUGAGCUAAUCAAACCAAAACCAAACUCCCUCUGUAGGUACUGUAGCUUAAAGCUGUGUGCUUUUAUCAUGUGUGCCUUUCUCUCUCCACUCAUUGCAGGCAAAGGUAUGUUUACAUUUUAAGAAGUUGGUACAAAAUCCUGCUCAAGAGGUUGACAGGGGUGAAGAUGCCUUUUUCAGGGGAUAAGGGAGGGUUUGGGUGGCUAUUCUAAAAAAAAAAAGCUGAUUAAAUAUGUCUUUGACAGGCAGGCAGGCCUGUUGCCGUGGUGACACAUUCACGCUGUUACAGAGACACAAAACAUCAAUAUGUUAUAAUGGGAAAGAAACUGUGACCUAAUUACGACGAUUCAGGUACCAAACUGCAUGGACAGUUUCUGUGAAGGAAAAAAAUCAAAUGAAAAUCAACUUUAUUAUAGACAAUGCAUUAGUGUGUAGGGCAUUAUUUUUUAAACAAGUUGAAACCUCUGUAUAUAUUUGUAUUAAAAGAACAGUGUUAUUGUUGUUGUAUUAAAGAAAAGUUCAACAAACAAAAAUAGUACAUAGAGUUAGUGACAAAAUGCACAGCCAAGGGUUGUCCUUGCUAGCCCAUUUUUACAGAGAGAUUUCUACUGGCCAUUUUCUAGGCAUUCACAUUAUUAAUAUCCUUUUGGAAAUUACAAACUUCCAAAAUUACAAGCACUUCCACAAUGAUAGAUAGUAAGGAUUUUUGUUACUUUUGUAGAGGUGGUUGUUCCUUUGCUACCAGACAACUCUUGGCUGUGUGUCCUCUGGGUCUCCUGUUUUCUUUUGGAGGUUAACUCUGUAGUUGGGCUGAAAUUGUGACUCUGUGUUUGUUCCCAUGUUCCUGUGUCAAUGUCAUAAACUAGAGAAGUGAUGUCAGUUAUUGUGGGCGUAUCAACCAUUUUAAUGUUAUCAAUAAAAAUUAAAUAAAAACAUUAAUAAAGAAUUA